CUUUGCCGGUUGCUGGAGUCUACACCGGCUUUUAGAAAUCGGAAUCGCAUUAGACAAAUGACACGCAAAACAGCGACAUUUUUUAUUUCUUGUUUUCGAUUUGACUGAACAAAUAGAGAAUAGUGAGACCCUUGUUAAUUUUUACAACAGCUUAUUUAUCGUGCAGGUUCAGCCCAAAAAAAAAUAUAUAGUACCGGCGUCGCGUAAUCUGCUUCAACAUGAGCUGCCCUUUUGACGAACAACAAUUGGCCCAACUAAAGACAUUUGUUGAGCUUUGCAAAAAUCAACCCCUAAUACUCCAACAUCCCAAAUUAUCUUUCUUUAAAGAUUAUUUGGUGUCUUUAGGUGUAUCAUUACCCACGGCUACAUUUGGCACGAAAACAUUUGCGCCUGCAGGAGAUGGUAACUCUCAAAGCAAUGUUGAAGAUAGUACAAAGCAGCCAUCUUCUGAAUCUGACGAUGAGCCAGAGUCUGAUGUGGAACUUGAUAUGGAAGGUGUAAUUGAAGGUGACCCAUCUGAGGCUACACAAGAAAUGGGUGAUGAAACAAAAGAGCCAACUGAUGAAGAGAGAGACCAGUCUGAUGAGAAGCGUUCUGAGGCAAUGAAAGCUUUCUCUGAACAGAAUUAUGAAGAAGCCAUAAAGUUUUACACUGAGGCAAUAAAACUUAAUCCGUCAAGUGCAUUACUCUUUGCAAAGAGAGGACAAGUGUUCCUUAAACUUAACAAGCUCUAUGCCUGUAUCAAGGAUUGCACUCAUGCACUGAAACUGAACUGUGACAGUGCUGCCGCUUACAAGUUUCGCGGUCGUGCUUACAGGCUUUUAGGUAAGUUCGAGGAAUCGUGCCAUGACCUCUGCGAAUCUCUGAAGAUUGAUUAUGACGACCAAACAAAUGAAUGGUUAAAUGAAGUGAAACCAAAUGCCGAGAAACUUCGUCAACACAAUCUUAGUGUUCAGCGCAAGAAGGAAGAAAAGGAGCGCCGAGACAAAAUCCGUCGUGCUCGCAAGGCGCAGGAGGCUCGCGCUAAAGCAGCACGUGAACAAGAAGCGAAUGCCAACGCUACAGGAAUGGGUGGCAUGCCAGGAAUGGGAGGCAUGCCAGGAAUGGGAGGCAUGCCAGGAAUGGGCGGCAUGCCAGGAAUGGGUGGAAUGCCAGGAAUGGGUGGUGGGAUGUUCGAUAGCGAGAACCUUGUGAAGCUCCUUAGUGAUCCAGAAAUCAUGGCUGCAUUACAGGACCCAGAAGUGACAAAAGCUUUCUACGAUGUAUCUUCAAACCCAGCCAACUUUGCCAAAUAUCAGAACAACCCAAGAGUGGCAUCUGUUUUGGAAAUGCUGCAAAAGAAAUUUGGCGACCAAUGUGGUCCUAACUUAAGUGGAGCAAACUCAGGCGCAGGAUCCGAAGGACCAAAAUCUUUCGACGAUGAUGUAGGCCUGGACUAAGUCUUGAAAUUGACGCAUGCACCAAGACAGAUUUAAUUCCUUAUUCAAUAUAACGUUUUCAUAUUACA